ACAAGGCCCGCCCUUUCCAGCACGCAGCUAUGUGAAUGUAAACGUGUGGGUUAUGUAUUGCUGCUUAGUUUAACAUGAUUACUAACAAUAGUUUGUCAGAUAUAAUCUCAAUGAAUAUAUUUUCAUCGACAUUAUUGUCAAUCUUAUAAAUAAAAUGUGAUGUAGUCUGAGCUGACAGUUUAAUAACACGGACGGGCUACUGAUGGUCGAUGGCGUCUCUUCUAGUGCGCAGGCUCGUGCCGCUUCAGACUCUGGUAAAGAACUGCAGAUGGAAGUUUAUCAAAUCUGACGAUGUCCUAAAACACCGCGCUGUCCAACAGCACAUUAAACGCGUGUUAGAUGAAUAUAAAUGUAUUUUAACUCGUUUAGAUCGGGAACAGGUGAGUGAGUCUGAGCGGAGACUUUUAAAUCAUAAACUGGUUGAAGUGUCGCAGGUAGUUAACGCGUUUGAGAGAACUGAACUAGCGAUGAGUGAGGAGACUGACCUACGAGCUCUCAUUCACAACACGAGAGCAGAAGAUCAUGAGAUGCUUUCACUGCUGCACGAGGAACAUGAAGACAUCAGCAGAAGAUUAGAUGAGCUGAAGAAAGAGCUGAUUCAGACUCUUAUUCACGCUGAUGAGCACGACAGUAGAAACAUCAUUCUGGAGGUGGCAGCAGGAAGAACCACUGGAGGAGACAUCUGUCAGCAGUUUACCAGAGAGAUGUUUGAUAUGUACCAGGGCUUUGCCAGCUACAAAAACUGGGACUUUGAGAUUUUAAAUUAUACUGCAGCAGAUUAUGGCGGUCUUCAUCACGCAGCUGUCAGGCUCUCGGGGGACAGUGUGUAUCGCUGGUUGAAGUUUGAGGGCGGCACACACAGAGUUCAGAGGAUUCCCGAAAUCGGUCUUUCUUCUCGCAUGCAGCGCAUUCACACGGGAACCGUGACCGUUAUAGUCCUGCAGCAGCCGGAUGAUGUUGACGUUCACAUAGAGCCAAAAGACCUGCGAAUAGACACGUUUAAAUCCAGAGGAGCAGGAGGUCAGAGCGUCAACACCACUGACAGCGCAGUGAGAAUCGUUCACCUGCCCACAGGGACUGUAGCAGAAUGUCAGCAGUAUCGCUCGCAGUUACAGAACCGUGACACGGCCAUGCGUGUCCUUCGAGCGCGUCUGUACCAGAACUGCGUGGGACAGCAGAGAGAACGGACACGCGCGUCACGAAAACAGCAGGUGGGCUCUCGAUCACAGUCAGAGAGAAUCCGCACGUAUAAUUUCAGUCAGGACCGCGUGACGGAUCACAGGAUUGGCUAUGUGACACGUGACAUCAAGGAGUUCAUGAGAGGAGGUGAAUGUCUGGAGGAGGUGAUCAGACUCCUGCAGGAGCACAAAGACAGAGAAGCUUUAUUUAAACUGCUGGAGAAGGACAGCAUUAACACUGAUCCAGAGUCAGAGAUUAAAACAUAGUGUGAAUGUGGAAGUCUUGUGAUGGGAUGAUUUGGGAUCAGAACUUCUUCCAGACUUCUUCUUCUCAGUGAAACGACUGUGAGUUUGUGAUAAAAGAGCGCUCCGAUAUAACAGCAGAAGGGUUAAAGAUAACUCUCACAGUCUCUCAUGUUUAAAGUCUUCUGUAUUAUUUGUCAACACAAAUGAACUCUUAACCUCUUUUUGCCUCAAUACAGUCCUAAUAACUGCUUAUUAAUACUUACUUAGUCAAGUAGCUGUUAGGUUUAAGUAUUGGUAGGAAUUGUGUAGGAUUAAGGAUGUAGAAUAAGGUUUUGCAGAAUCCUUAUCAUUAUUAAGUACUAAUAAACAGACAAUAUUAAUGCUAAAAACCAACUAGUAAAUAGUGAGAAACUACACUAGAGUGCUAUCAUUAUUAACUCACCAACGUAUUUAAAGUGAGAAGGAUACAUAAAAAACAUGCAUUUUAACCUUAGACUUUAAAGGGUGCUUUCCCAGACAGGGAUUAUCUUAAAACAGGACUAGACCUUAGUUUAAUUAGGAAAUAUAACUAGUUUUAACAAACAUGCCUUACUAUUUUGAGGCAAAACAAAGCACACAGAUAUGUCAGUGCAAGUUGUUGUCAGUUUGGACCGCUCUUAUAUUUAGUCUAGGACUAGUCUAAUCCCUGUCUGGGAAACCACCCCUAUAUGUUGUGUUAUAUAUCAUUGAUCUACAGUCCAUACACAGGAUUUACUUCAAUUACAUCUGAAGUUACUGUCAUUAACUUACUGGAAAAUGAAGAGUUAAAAGGUAAUUACUUGGUAACUAGUUCCACCCAACACUGUGCUCAGUCCAGGUGAUUUUCUGAUGAUCAAACGAGCAGCUCUUGAUUGUUGUUGUUGGGCGUGGAGAGCGAAAGCGAAUAUCAACUUCAGCACAAACACACAUUUUCCUAUCAGACACAAACAUUCUAGAAAAGAUCAUUUCUGGCACAGGUUAUUUAUGUUAAUAUCUGUACCAUAUGUUCAUUUGGCACCUGAAGUAUUUUCUAACCGCUCAGUUAGAAAGAAUUAAGAAACGAUUUGUCCCUGUUG